AUGGCAACUCGGACAUCAACACGAUCCACUAAAGCUGUUAAAUUUGUUGAUUCUAUUGAUGAUGAUGAAAGAGAAUUUGAUAAUUCAGUUGCAAUAAGAAUAAAAGAUGAACCAAAAAAAGCUAAAACUCGUGGUCGUACACGUCGAAAUCAAGCAAAUGAUGAUGAAGAUUGGAACGCAAGAAAUGAAGAAAGUGCAGAGGAUGACGACGACAAUGAUGAUGAUGAUGAUAGUGUUACCAAUGAAGAUAUUACAAAAAAAUUUAAAACUAAUACUGUUAAUCAUUCAAUUGAUUCCGUUUAUGAUUUUGGAGAAAUGAGUGGUACAACAAGAAAAUGGCCGAAAACGGCAACACCACAACGUAAUAGUACUGUUAGUGAUACAGGAAAGCCAAUGGAAAAAUUAAUGUGUUCAUAUUGUAAUUAUACAACAGCAAAAAAAUAUCUUCUUCAACGACAUUUAAAAUCUCAUUCAACUGAACGACCACAUAAAUGUGCUUACUGCGAUCGAUCGUUUAAGACAACUAUACAAUUAACUAAUCAUGUUAAUACACAUUUAGGUGUUAAACCAUUUCAAUGUAAAUUUUGUUCAUUUUCAUUUACAACAAGUGGAGAACUUAUCCGACAUGUUCGAUAUAAACAUACACUUGAAAAACCACAUCGAUGUGCUGAAUGCGGUUAUGCUACUGUUGAAUUGAGUAAAUUAAGACGACAUAUUCGUACGCAUACAGGAGAAAAACCUUAUGCAUGUCCACAUUGUUCAUAUUGUAGUCCAGAUACAUUUAAACUUAAACGACAUUUACGUGUACAUACUGGUGAACGUCCGUAUCAAUGCACAAUUUGUAAUUUUCGUUUUACUCAAAGCAAUAGUUUAAAAGCUCAUAUGUUAACUCAUCAAGCUGAAAAACCAUCAUUUCCUUGUUCAUAUUGUCCAUCAGUUAUGGCUCGAAAAUCUGAUCUUCGUUAUCAUAUUGGUAAACAACAUGCUCGUCAAUCUGAACCAUUAUCAUGUAAUAAAUGUGAUGAAGAUUUUCCCGAUAAAUAUUCAUUACGUAUGCAUGGUAAAACUCAUAAAGGUCAAACAAUACAUUCAUGUACACAUUGUGAAUUUUCUGCAAAUACAAGUCAACAAUUAGAGGAUCAUAUGAAUAAACAUCGUGGUACACGUCCAUUUCAAUGUAGUGAAUGUGGUUUAAUGUUUGCAGCACGUGCUGAUUUACGUGCACAUGUUACACGUACACAUAGAAAUUCUUUAACACCAACAAUAACAUCAAUACCGACAACAACAGCAACAAUGAAUUCUCCAACAACAAUGAACCGUCGUCCACAACGACGUGCUGCAUCAUUACAACAUCGUUAUAUAGGUGCAUUAUCAGGUGCUGAAGAUGAUGAACAACAAGAAGAUGAUUUUCGCUGUCCAAUAUGUCAUCGACAAUUUACAUCAGCACGUUUACUUGACAGACAUACAUAUGUUGUACAUGAACCAAAACAAGAUUCAUAUGAUGAUAGAGAUUAUCAAACAAAUGAUAUUGGUGAUGAUGAUGAUAUACAUGAUUAUGCUGAUGAUGAACUUGAAGAAAAACCUAAUAUUAAUAUAAAUAAUAAAAAUGAUAUUCAUAUAAAUCCAUUAAAAAUUGAAGAAGGUAUAACAGAUGAUGAACAAUUAUUAAAUGAAGAAGAACAAGAUUUAGCACCGAAUGUUGAAGAUAUAAUUGAAAGUGUUGAUGAUGAUUAUGAUCAAAUACCAACAAUUAAAUCAAUAUCAUCAGCUAGUAAAAAACAAAUUGGAAUAAUAAGAAAAUUUGAUGAAAUCGAUGAUGAUGAUGAUGAUAAUCAUAAUGAUUUAUCAAAUAAAAGAAAAUGUAAUAUAAUUCGAGGUAUGUAG